CCCAGCUCCCAACUUCCUGAGGAAAACACAGACACCCUUAUUUAAAUAUCCCAUUCCCACUUCUAGAAAAUUCUCUCUCCGGGUAUAAAGAGCAGGAGAACUUACUACAGUUACACUAUCGACACGACACAACUCUGAGGAGAAACCCUGCAAAUCUGUGCCAGGCGUCUACAGCUGCUUUUGGAGAAAGACAGGAUGUGGAUGAUUAACGUUGUAGCUCUUUGUCUGCUAGCCCUCGUAGCUUCUGCAGAGGACAAGAAGCUGAGCAGCCAUGCCACCUCUCUGGCAGACAACAGCGCCAACCUGGCCUUCAGCCUCUAUCACAACAUGGCGAAAGAGAAAAACACAGAGAACAUCAUCAUCUCUCCUCUGGUGGUGGCCUCCUCUCUGGGGAUAGUGGCUCUCGGUGGCAAAGCCACUACUGCCUCUCAGGUCAAAACUGUCCUUAGUGCUGACAAACUGAAGGAUGAACAUCUGCAUGCAGGGCUCUCUGAGCUGAUCUCUGAGGUAAGUGAUGCCAAGACACGCAACACUACCUGGAAGAUCAACAACCGCCUCUACGGCCCCAGCUCUGUCAACUUUGCCGACGAUUUUGUGAAAAACAGCAAGAAGCACUACAACUAUGACCACUCAAAAAUAAACUUCAGGGACAAGAGGAGUGCAGUGAACUCCAUCAACGAGUGGGCAGCCAAGUCAACAGAUGGCAAGCUGCCUGAGGUCACUAAAGAUGUGCAGAACCCAGAUGGAGCCAUGAUUGUGAAUGCCAUGUUCUUCAAGCCUCACUGGGAUGAGAAAUUCCAUGAGAAAAUGGUGGACAAUCGUGGCUUCCUGGUUACCCGCUCGUUCACUGUUGGAGUUCCCAUGAUGCAUCGUACAGGUCUGUAUGACUUUUACGAGGACACAGCGAACAAUGUCUAUGUGCUGAACAUGCCUCUGGGUCAGAAGCAGGCUUCAAUGUUCCUCAUCAUGCCCUUCCAUCUGGAACCCCUGGAUCGCCUGGAGAAACUCCUGACCAGGAAGCAGGUGGACACUUGGCUCAGCAAGCUGGAGAACAGAGCCGUGGCUAUCUCCCUCCCCAAAAUCUCUGUGGAAGUCAGCCACAAUCUGCAGAAACAUCUGGCUGAGCUGGGCCUGACCGAGGCUGUAGACAAAGCCAAGGCUGACCUGUCCAAAAUCUCUGGAAAGAAGGACCUCUACCUUUCUAACGUCUUUCACGCAUCAGCCCUAGAGCUGGACAUUGAAGGAAACCCGUACGACACCAGCCUCUUUGGCACAGAAAAGCUGAGGAACCCCAAACUUUUCUACGUAGAUCACCCCUUUAUUUUCCUGGUGAGGGACAAUAAGACCAACUCCAUCCUGUACAUUGGCAGAGUAGUGAGACCUAAAGGAGACAAGAUGCGUGAUGAGCUAUAAUGUUAAUGCUGUCAAUCGUGUUGGCUAGCUUUAUGAAAAUAAGUCAGGAUCCUGUGUUUCUAUGUGUAUUUCUGGUAUGACUGUUACCUCAUGAACACAUUCCGAUCAGCAAUCUGUGUACUGAAUAUCUGAGCUUGCUGUUUAAACACACAGUAAACCUUCCUAUGGAACAAUUUUGUAUUUUUACGUUGCACUCAUAAGCCCCCCGGAUGUUCACAAUCACACAGAAAAAUGUAUGUGCCUUCUUUGAGAUCGCCAUAAAAAAACCCCACAGCAGUUUGCACAGUGGACAACAUGCUUAUAUUAAGUAUGAUCUUUUUCUUUACAUUCUGUUUUUGCCAGUAUUGGUUCAAAUAUGAUCCAUGUGCGUUUUCUUGCAUUAUCUUUAAUGUUUAAAGAAAAAAGAUCUUUGCACAAGCUUGUUUUACAGUGCUUCACUUCUUUUGCCCCCAGUCCUCACUGAGUUGUUCCUUUGUGCUGAGCUUGCAGUGGAAAGUUGGCAAAGACCCGGUGCUUAAUUUAUGUUCACUUGCCAAACAAUUCUGUGUCAUUAUCUUGCUGUUGGUAUUUUCCACAAAGAAGCUGUUGGAAUGUGUGAUUAUGUAAUAAUGUGUUCAUUUUUCAAUAAAAAUAAAAAAAA